GUCUUAUCCAGAAUCAUCAACACCUUGAUGGAGCCAUAACACGAAAAAUUGAUUGAAGGAUAUAUAAAUAGCAAUAACCUAAUUUUACCACAUAUUGUCUAAGUAAUCUUAAUAAGUUAAUAUCUAAUAAUAAUUAUACAGUGUUAGACUUGGAUUUUCGUCAUGAACUUUGAAAGUCCUGUAUUGUUUCUUGAAGAGGUGUCUCCAGCUCAGAUAGAGGUGGAAGUCGAAACAAGCGAAACUUUCCUGCUUGAUCCGUUAUUGGACCACAACUAUAACUUAACUGAACCGAGGCCACUAUCUAAAAUACCCAACAACGUCAAAAUACGGGAGCUAAAAGCACUGUACCACUGCAGCAUAUGCGGCUAUGCUACGCUAAAGAAGGAUGCAAUGCAGGCUCACUCGCUUACACACAAGAAGCCAGAGCAGCCGGUACCAAAGAGACAGUGCAUUCCGUGCCCGAGCUGUAAUGUUAAGGAAAAGUUAGAGAAGUGUCCAGAAUGCAGUUAUUAUACUAAGAGGAAGGCGAGUUUGAAGAUACAUAUGAGCAUUCAUAUGAAGGAAAAACCUUACAAGUGCACAGAGUGUGAUCAUCGUGUGAAAACUCUGAAGGAAUUAAUACAACACUUAAAAACCAGGUGUCAUCUAUGCAACUGUUCGACGAAGCGGAAGGGCGGCCUGGUGCGGCACUCGGUGCAAUGUAGUAUGAAAUUAAAUACGUAAUUUGUA